AUGUUGUUGUUGUCGGGGUUGUUGCGUCGAAAACAAAAUUGGCUGGCCGAGGCCAUUCAAGACUUAGAGCCUCCUAGGGAAAAGAGGAAGCGCCAAACAGAGAUUGAAAAUAAGCGACGGCAGCUGGAAGAUGACCGGCGCCAACUGCAGCACCUAAAGUCGAAAACUCUGCGGGAAAGAUGGCUGCUAGAAGGAGCGCCUUCGUCCACAGCCGAGGAAGGAGAAGCCACAAAGAAGCAGAUGGAGCAGGACGACUUGAAGGUGAAGGAGCUGGAAGAAAGCAUCCAGAGGUUGGAGAGGGAGUUGGAGCUGUUUGAAAACGGAGUCUCGGCGUCUUCCACCAAAGAGACCUUGUCAGAAGAGGCGAAGGAACAGAAGGCAGCCCACUCGCCAAAGACUCCUCUGGGCUCAGCCAAGCCCUCCAACAGUCCCAAAGCCGGUGGCAUGAUGAAGGCAGCUACGUACUCUGUGGAAAUCACUGUGGAAAAGGACAGAGUUACUGGGGAGACCAAGGUCCUGUCCAGCACCACUAGACUCCCCAAGGACCGAUCUAUACAGGGGGUCAAAGUGUACGAGGACGAGACGAAAGUGGUCCAUGCAGUCCCUGCUGAGGAUGGGGCCAUGGAGAACGGCAUUCAUUUGCUCAGCUCUUCCGAGGUAGAUGAACUCCUCCAUAAGGCAGACGAGGCGUCCGAGAAGGCCGUUGGAGGAGUCUCCAAGAGCAAUCCCCCUAGCCAGAAGGUCACACCCAGGAAGGAAAUCACCGGCGUUCAGGCUAAGCCGGUAGAGAGUCCGAAAGGCCCAGAGCCGAGCAAGGAUCAGCCAGUCACCAUGAUCUUCAUGGGCUACCAGAACGUGGAAGACGAGAACGAGACCAAAAAAGUACUGGGCCUAGAGGGUACCAUCAAGGCUGAGCUCGUGGUGAUUGAAGAUGCGGAGAACAAGCCGACGACAGAUAGUGCGGGGAAAGACCAUGCCCCACCCAAUGGCAGCGCUGUAGAGCCCGUGACAGCCCUCCCGCAGAAGGAAGAGAACCAAGCCGGCGAGAAACCCGCAGCCAACGACACUGACCCCAAAGAAGCGGAUAAGGAUCUUGACGUCAAAAAACAGCGCUGCAAAUGCUGUUCCGUCAUGUAA